AGCGACCAGGUGCCGGUAGGGCACCUCCCGCGCUCCAUCAGCGUGGCUGUGCAUGGCGAGAACACGCGGCUGGCCCAGCCUGGGGACCACGUCAGCAUCACCGGCGUCUUCCUGCCCCUGCUGAGAGCUGGCUUUCGGCAGAUGGCCCAGGGGCUGAUCUCCGAGACCUACCUGGAGGCGCAUCGCAUCGUGAAGAUGAACAAGAGCGAGGAGGACGAGCUGGGGUCAGGGGAGCUGACGGAGGACGAGCUGCGCCAGAUCACAGAGGAGGAUUUCUACGACAAGCUGGCAGCCUCCAUCGCCCCCGAGAUCUACGGGCACGAGGACGUGAAGAAGGCCCUGCUGCUGCUGCUGGUGGGGGGCGUGGACCGUAACCCCCGGGGCAUGAAGAUUCGGGGGAACAUCAACAUCUGCUUGAUGGGUGACCCGGGCGUGGCCAAGUCCCAGCUGCUCUCGUACAUCGACCGCCUGGCCCCCCGCAGUCAGUACACGACCGGGCGCGGCUCGUCGGGCGUGGGGCUGACGGCCGCCGUGCUGCGGGACCCGGUGACGGGGGAGCUGGCCCUGGAGGGCGGGGCGCUGGUCCUGGCCGACCAGGGCGUCUGCUGCAUCGACGAGUUCGACAAGAUGCUGGAGAGCGACCGCACGGCCAUCCACGAGGUGAUGGAGCAGCAGACCAUCUCCAUUGCCAAGGCGGGCGUGCUGGCCACCCUCAACGCCCGCUGCGCCAUCCUGGCGGCCGCCAACCCCGCCUACGGGCGCUACAACCCCAAGCGCAGCCUGGAGCAGAACGUGCAGCUGCCGGCAGCCCUGCUCUCCCGCUUCGACCUGCUCUGGCUGAUCCAGGACCGGCCCGACCGGGACAACGACCUGCGGUUGGCCCAGCACAUCACCUACGUCCAUCAGCACAGCCGGCAGCCGCCUUGCGCCUUCCAGCAGCUCGACAUGAAGCUCAUGAGGCGCUACAUCAGCAUGUGUAAGCGGAAGCAGCCGGCCGUGCCGGAGGCGCUGGCUGAUUACAUCACAGCCGCCUACGUGGAGAUGCGCAAGGAGGCCUGGGCCAGCAAGGACACGACCUUCACGUCGGCCCGCACACUGCUGGGCAUCCUGCGCCUGGCCAGCGCCCUGGCCCGGCUGCGGCUGGUGGAUGUGGUGGAGAAGGAGGACGUGAACGAGGCCAUGCGGCUCAUGGAGAUGUCCAAGGACUCGCUGCUGGGGGACAAAGGGCAGCAAACCAGGACGCAGCGGGCAGCGGACGUGAUCUUCGCAGCGGUGCGGGAGCUGGCGGGCGGGGUGGGCGGGCGCGCGGUGCGCUACGCCGAGGCCGAGCAGCGCUGCGUCUCCAAGGGCUUCACCCCCGCCCAGUUCCAGGCCGCGCUGGACGAGUACGAGGAGCUGAACGUCUGGCAGGUGAACCAGGCCCGGACCCGCAUCACCUUCGUCUGAGCCCGCGGGAGGGGCCAUCCCUGGCCCCGGCCGAGCCCAGCUUGCUCGGCACCCCCGGGGGGUCCCCCUCUUCGUGGGGUAGCUGGCUCCAGCCCCUGGCGCUGGGGGGAUGUCGCCUCCCUGGGGCACUGUUGCUCCCAGAUGCCCCCACGGGGCUGAGGUUGUGCCCUUGCCCCCCUGUUCUGUGCCGUGGGGUGGGGGAGGCCAGGCCUGUGUCCUUGGGGGCUCCUGCCCGGGGCUCCCUGUCAUCGCAAAGGCGAUUUGUUCGGCUUUUUCUCUUACCAAUAAACCAGUGUUUGUAUGUUA